GUCGCUUUUUCAAGUUCGUCCUCCAUGGCUCCAACCUCAUCCGAGUCCUUCCAGUGGAAACCAUGUCCGACCCUGGUUUGGUGGAUCUGAGGCAGCUUUCUGGUGGCGAACUGGCUGAUCAGCAAUCUCGCAUAUAGCAACUUCUUUCUGCAGCCCCGUGGGCCGGAUGAGACGACGCGAUGGCAGGGCUAUGGCUUCGACUUUGUGCACAACUUGUUGCACAUGACCGGCGAGAAGGUCCUGCAACCGUUUCAUGAUCCCGACCGACGCUUGGUGGCGCUCUUCAAUGGAGAGAUUUACAACUGGGAGGAGCUCGGCUCGGAGCUCGGCUCAUCCUUUCGCAGUGAUGGGGAGGUCAUUUUGAGCGAGUACCAACGGCACGGCGGCAGCUUCGUGCGGCGCUUGGAUGGCGAAUUCGCCUUGGCGCUCUUCGACUUCCAACGCCGGGAGCUGAUCUUGGCGCGGGACCCCUUCGGCACGAAGCCCCUUUGGUUCGCUUCCUCCGCCGCUCUGGGGCGCUUUGCCUGCGCCUCCUACCGCUCCGCGCUGGAGCGCUUGGGCUUUGAAGAACAGGAUAUCCAUCAAGUCGAGCCCAACACCGCCCUUCACCUGCGCCUGCCUUCGACCGAAGCCGGCGAAGCCGAAGCUCCCGUGGUGAUCCAUCAGGCUGCAGUCUUCGAGUUUGACAUGAGACAGCACAAGGCAGACACGAAGGACUGGCAGAAGCUCUUUCUCAAGGCCAUCCAGAAGCGCGCCGGCUCCACACGCUUUGCGCCCGGCCGCGCCGUGCCGGCCAUGUGCUUGAGCGACGGCUAUGACAGCGGCUCCAUCGCAGUGGCGCUGGGCGAGCUGGGCAUCGCGCCGGCGAUGUACACGGUGCAAGCACGGGAGGACGUGCGAGUGCUGCUGGCACGCUUGGAAGCGAUGCGUGUGCGGCACAUGAACGCCUCGUGGAAGCUCACGCAGCUCUCGCAGGAGGAGUUUCAGCGUGAAAAGACCUUCCUUCGUGAAAACGCUGAGAAGGUCUUCUACAAGCUGCGGCCUGGUUAUGCCAAUGUGGACGACAAGGCGGCCGCGGGACUCUCCUGGAUCUAUCGCCAGGCGGCCCACUUUGGGCAGCGGCUCUUCCUCAGCGGCAGCGGAGCGGACGAAGUCAUCAGCGACUACGGCGCGUAUGGCGCCCCCUUGGAGUUCCACAGCACGCUGAUGGGCCACUUUCCAGAGAACCUGUCGACAGCCUUUCCCUGGUUGAACUUCUACCUGGGAACGCAGCAGGACUACUUGGCGAAGGAAGAGAGCACUGCUGGGGCACAUGGAGUGGAGACCAGAUAUCCCUUUCUGGAUCGAUCUCUAGUUCAGGAGUUCCUUUGGCUCAGCAAUGAUGCCAAGAACUCUCUCUACAAAGCACCCAUCCAUGAGUUCUUGGCCUCCGAGCAGUUUCCCUUCGUCCCGGGCGUGAAGCGCGGCUUCUCCGCCGACCGGAACCUCGCGGGAAGCUCCGAAGGGCACGACGACGCCGGCGCCGCGCGCGCGCGGCUGUGGGCACGUGCUCGGGCACGCGAGCGUGGAGACGGAGGCGAAGUGGAGACGGCGACGGUGGCUGCGUGUAGCCACCAGUGUGAGGAAGAGGGCUCCUUUAGCUUGGAGGAAUUGAUGGAGGUGGUGGAGCUGGAGAGUGUGAGGAUCAAGGACCUCUCCGAAGCCUUGCCGGCGCUACAACGUGCCCGUGCACGGCGCGCGCAGCAAGCACUGCGGCCGCCGUUGUCGUUGGCCGCAGCCAACGGCGUGGAACCGACGCCGGGGGUGGUGAUUCUCACGUCGUGCAUGGAGGAGCACUACUUCUUGACCUAUUGUGGCCCCUUAUUCUCCAGCAUUGGAGAGGCAUUUCAUUCACCCAGCGAUGAGUCCAGACCACGCGUUCCGGUGGUGAAGGUCAUGGUGGCCACUGCAGGACUGGCUGCGGCGACCCUGGAGGCGGUAAGCCGAGUGAUGCCCUGGGUGGAGUUCGCACCCUUUCAGGAACAUGAGGAGCAGCUGAGUUCCCACGAGGACCCCACGGAAGGAGAGAAUUAUCGGCGCUUGACCUAUCAGUCACUGAAGCUUCAGCAGUACCUCUUGCUCUGGCAGACCCGCAUCCUUCCACUGAAAGAGGUGGCCUUCGUGCUGUGCAUGGACUCGGACAUGGUCGUGGCCAAGCCUUUCAUGCACGUCUUCGAGCUCUUGCAGCAGCGGCAAGUGGACAUCGCCUUCAGUUACUACGACGGCACCCGGGAGGUGCCCUGGGGCUCCACUGAGGAGCUGGCGUUCACCAAGAAGAAAGGCUACGUGCGCCUGCAGGGUGGCCUCCUCAUCAUGCGAAAUAGCCUGGAUGCGUUGCAAUGGUUUGCCACAUGGAAGAGCCUGACAGAAGUGACGCUCUUCCACAACGAGAACGAGAACGAUCUAGGUCAGCGAUGGCGAGAUUUGCUGGAAGAAUUCAAAGGCCCUUCCCAAGCAGCGCUGGCUUUUCUGUUGACACAGGGCGAGGUAGAGAAGGUCAUGAAGGAUGCAGCGACCUGCUGCAGCUCCUUGCGAAGCAUCGAGUUGGAAUCCCUGCGACCCGGGGGCGAGAACUUUCGCGUGACGAUGAUGGGUCUUCCAACUCAGUACCUGAACGACGCGGAGUCGACCGCGGACGGACUCUUGCCCCAGACGGCGCACAUCGUCCAUCUCAAAGGCACUUGGUGGCGCAAUGUUUUGCCUGAAGGCCGCCGAGAGAUCACGACGCCGACGCGGUCGUUUGCGUGGAAUUGGCAAGCCUUCGAGCUGUGGCAUCAUCACUAUGUCCAUUUCCUCCGGCUCCUUCGAGAUGGUGGCUUCGAGGUCCACUGAUCCCUGGAGCGAGUUCCGCCACGGUGCGGAACGAAGAACGAAGAACGCGGAAGGAGCGCGGCAGUGAAGUGUUCCGCUGCACGUGAAGAAGCUGAAGAAGAUCCUGUGCGACUGCAGAUCCUGCGGAAGCUGGAGAUGGCGGGGCAAUGACCGCCAAAAGGACGGUGGCAGACGGGCAGAUGGCAGGGUGCACGAUGCUUGG